AUGCCCACGGCUGCUUGGAAAGGCCAAGACAAGAUUCGGCACUAUGUCUUUGAGCUGCUCGAGAAAAUGUACCCCUCAUUGUCGAUCCCACCUGGCACUAUGCCGUUAUCUGUCUAUCCACCGGACUACAGUGAGGCCCAGGAAAACUUAUACAGGAACCAGGAGAUCAGACGGCGGGAUGUGUCACAACUGACGAUCUGGCUUGGCGAUGUCACCUUUAUCCCGGCAGCUAACUUGAGCGACGAAACUACUAAGCUAAGCCCGGAUGUGAUUGAGCCGCCUCGAGGGAGGAUUCUUCUUGGGAAUAUGACUGAGCCGGGGAGUUACUUUGAGGCCUUCAAGAAAACUGACGAGAUCUCCUCAGGCUUUCAGAUCUCAGUCAUGGGUAUCGGGGAGGUCCGGCCGUUCCGCUCGCACGACUACAAUCUCACCAGCAUCCCGCUGGUCCUGGCCCAGAUGUUCAACUACUCCUACUCGAUCAAUGGGCUGAUGAUGAAUCUAGCCGCCGCUGAUCUCAAUCAUAAGGAGAUAGGGACUCAUUACUUGUGCAAUGCCACUCGAAGGGAAUGGCUGCCCUUCGAGAAAGUCUUCUCGACCACUGCGGGCAACUCGUUGGGAGCAUUUGGGAUCUGCUUUUCUAUGAUGGUUGCGAUAGCACGUCGAUUAGAUAAUCUUCCAAAAGCACGGCAGGGAGCCACUCGUCGAUCAGACAGUUCGGAAACACUUGACUUGGAAGAAGGUGAAGAUCAUCCACUGAAAAAAGCUUCCGAAUAA